GCAAUCAUUAUUCGCCGCUGCAUCACUUCCCUUGAGAGAACUUCCACAAGAAAGAAAAAAAAUAUACUGAGCCUCCUUCAGUUGUGUUCCGCGGCAUAUUCGUUUCGACACCAGAAAGGUACGCGUACAGGCAGACACACAUUUGCAGCCUGUAACAAUGUCUUUUAGAGAACUGCGCUCCUUCUCGGAGACGAUGCGGCUGCUCGGCUACCCUCGUCUUAUCAGCAUGGAAUCCUUUCGUGAGCCGAAUGUGGAGCUGGUUGCCGACUGCCUCUACUGGCUGAUCAACCGCUAUGAGCCUUCCGCAGAGGUGACCUUUAACAUUGAGCGCGAGCAGAACCGCGUGACAUUUUUCAAACAGGUGUGCGAGGUAGCCCUCGCCAAAGGCCGAAUCAAGCUGAACGUCAAGAAGCUCUACCAGGCGGACGGGCACGCCGUGCAGGAGAUGCUGAAGCUGGCAAACGUACUCAAAAAGGCGAUGAAAGCUACCGACGCUGACGAGCCGGACUUCACCUCUCUGCAGCAAAUGGCGGCGCAGAAAAACGUGAGUGAUGCCAAGGCGGUGCAGCAGCUGUGCAGUGAGUUGACCACCGAUGGCAGCAGUCUCUUCUUUCUCGUGGAGGGAGAGCUGAACUCCCGCGCCGACCGGCAGCGCAUUCUGUCGCGCGCGACAGAGGUCGGCGAGUUUGAGCGGCGCCUGCGGGAGUUGCUGUCGAACGUCACACAGCAGGUCGAGCAGUAUCAGCAGAGCAUUGUCAAUCUCAACGCCGACGAGGGUAACCUCGAGCAGAAGAUCGAGAACAAGAAAACCCAGUUUGAGCGCGCCCAAAAACAGUACCGGAGCGCCAUGGCGACGAACCCGGCAUUUUUGAAGGAGUACGAGAACCACGAGAAGAAGCUGCAGGCCCACUUCGUAAGCUACCUGGAGCAGUACCGUAAUUUAGAGUUCUUGGAGAAUCAGGUGGCCAAGUUUAACGCCAAAGAGGAUACACUGCUGGAGGAGCAGGAGACAAAGCUGAAGGUAAUGCGGGAGCGGCUGCGCAAGGAGGAGUUGAAGAACAUUCGAGGCGAUGGUGCGAAUGCGCCGUCGCAGCACCGCCCCAGCGGCCGGCGCGGGGGCGGUGGUGUUGUGCCGAUGAUGAGCGACGACGACGAGGACGCCUCCGGCCCGCGCGGCCGCGGUGGCGCGCGCAUCCGCAACGCGGCGGAGGAGGGCAGCAGCGUCGAUGACUCGACCUCAUCUGGGGAGGAGACCACAGACAGCGACGGUGGCAGGCCGCCAGCGCGGCAGCACGCCCAGCAACAGCAGCGGCCGCAAAAUGCACUGGGGCGUAGUCGCGCUGCGGGCUCUGGUAACGCGGGAAGCAGUGACGACAACAACGAUGAGGAGUCUCUUGUCAAUCAAAUGCGUCGGCCGCGCGUGGCGGGUGGGAAUCGGCCGCCGGCUGCGGGAGGAGAGCGGCCGCGGCCGCAGGCACAGGGUGCCAAGGCCGAUGAUGAUACGGAUGGUGCGGAUGACUCCGACACCGAUGACAGCGAGCUGACUUCCUCCACCAGCAGCGGCGAGUUUAGCUCUGACGACUCCAGCGAUUACAGCGGCUCCGACGACAGCGACAUCUAA